AUGCGCUUUGUCCAACUGGAGUCCCUCCGCGACAUUCCCACACCUGACGUGACCUUGGGAUUGACGAUUGAGUGGUUCACUUACACAGCAACGACAUCCAGAAUGAACGACUCUGAGGAUGCAGUUCACUAUCGUGAAGUCGACCUCAGCCGUAUAGAAGCACCGUCGACGCAUAAGACAUACAUCAUCUGCGCCUUUGCUGCCUUUGGCGGCAUUUGUUUCGGGUACCAAACGGCUGUCAUGUCCGGGCUCCUCGGCACCUCCUACUUCAUCGAGCUGUACACCAAUGUCGAUUUCGAUUAUACGACCUACGCGCCCGUUGACAAGAAGACGACCGAGUUCGGCCUUACCGCCAGCCACAAGGCGCUCAUGACCAGCAUUCUGGCCUGUGGUGUCUUGGUUGGAGCUCUCGUGGCUGGCGACAUGGCAGAUACGUUCGGACGGCGAAAGAAUGUCGUCCUCGGGAGCCUGAUUCUCUGCGUUGGAAAUGCUCUGCAGAUGUGUGCCGAACACCAUGUUGUACUGUUCGUGCUGGGGAGGCUGAUCGCCGGCCUUGGCCUUGGCUUCAUCUCGGCCGUCAUUGUCAUGUACAUCUCGGAGAUUGCCCCUAAGCGGUGUCGAGGGGCAUUUAUAGCGGCGUAUCAGUUUUGUAUCAGCUUGGGGGUUCUGCUGGCCAACUCGGCUGUGUACUCGGCCGAAGGUCGAGACGACAGUGGCGCCUAUAGGAUCCCGAUAGGCGUCCAGUUCUUGUGGGCUAUGAUCCUAGGGAUUGGCCUCGCCGUGUUGCGUAAAGUCCCUCCCCUUCCCUUUUUGUUUUUUGCACGCAAGGAAAACCAUUAA